GGUAAAAUUUUAAAUAAGCUAGACUUGUUUCUAAGGAAUUAGCAUUUUCUAAAAUAUUUUCUCGAUGUAUUUUACAUCUAAGUGCUUUUCUAAUUAUUCUAAUGCUGGUAUUUAUAUAUACUAAAAAAUUUUUAAUUUCUUCGAUUGUUUUGAUUUUACUAAUAUAUUCAUGAAUUAGCUUAAGCGAGCCUUUACAUAUAGCCGUCACUGUUUCCUGCGGAUGCAUUUCUUUUUUUUUUUUUUGCUGUCGAACUUGUUUAUCACAGUAGAAAGAAGAGCACUAUUAUUUUUCUUUAUUUUUCUGUGGAAUACCUUCUUAUUUAUAUGUGAACGAAAUUUCCGAUUGUAACUCACAACUCAACAAAUUUAAUAAAAAUCAGCGAAAAAUGAGACGCGUAUUUUUGCAAGCUCAGAAAAACAACUAAAUUAUCAACUUCAGCGUAAUUAAGAAAAUGUAAUCUGUAGUAAAAGUGGAGGAAAAUAGCAAGAGUGGGGAUUGAUAAUGUGUAUAAAUGGGAGAUCACCCGCAAGAGUUAUAACAGUCCUCAACAAAUUGAAGAUCACAGUCAGUCCUCAACACUUAAGAAAAAUAUAUAUAAACAACAAAAUGGAGCAAUUUGUCAUAUGCCCGUUUGACAGAAGCCAUAGGCUUCUUGAGAGCCGAUUGAAGCGCCAUAUUUUUAAUUGUCAUCGUGAGGCCUGGGAGCGGGAGAGAUGUCUUCGUGAGGCUGCUUCCAGAGCAUCCCAUACGCCACCAUCACCACCACCACGAGCACCACCACCACCGCCAAUAAUAGAAUGCCCAGACAACUGGGAUAAUGAAAUUAGUCAAACGUACGUCCCCUCCAUGAGUAGGGAGCUGCUUCUGGACAGAACGGCAAUCAAUAAUUAUAAGUCAGUUUUUAGAAGAAAAUAAUAAAAUAAUUAUAGUAAUUUGUUUCGGUCCGUUUAUCGCUACCACCCUACCAUGACUUACCACCUAUACAAGCUUGCUAUUCGAGUGUGUGUAUACAAGAACAUAACUAGUCUAAAAUGUUUCUGCCUAUCAACGUGAUGGUACUAUUAAGUGCGCUUGUUGAAAACAACUUAUAUAUCUAUACCACGCCAAACAUAACUCUUCUGUAUAUUCAGACGUAUGAAAAGGAAUGUUGGGAAAAAAUGACUCCGAUCAAUAUAAUCGAAACCAGUUAUCAUCUCUUCUAUGCGAAAAAUAUCACAACGCAAAAUUAUUUGGCUUACAAGAUAAAAACAGAGCAAGGAAAUCGACAAUUUUCUCAAUGGUUAAUAAUCGAAAAUAUUAACAGUAGUAACAAUUCAAAGGAAAUCUUUGAUUUUUGUUUAAGAAACGAUCAUGUGUGGUCUGCUUCACUUUUUCUCAUAUUCUCGAUAAUGACCGUAAUAGUAGCAUGCUGGGAUUUGGCGAGCCGUUAGUGCUAAUUGUGGUGGUGGUGGUGGUGGUGGUGCUGUUGAAUACAUAUAUAGGUUACUUCGCAACAACAAAGUACUCAUUCUAUCCAAACAAUGUUAGGCUUAAACUGCACACUUAUUUUAUCGACCAUUUUAAUACAGAAAGAUUUGUAUUUAUUCACUGAUAGCAAUGUUACAGAUGUACAUUUACAAACUCUGGUUAGAAAUAAAGAAUGUACUUGUAGAAAAAUGAUAGAAAUUAAAGAUGGACAUGAUCAGUUAGUUAUGUUUUAUUCAAAAAAUGUAUCCGUUUCCAGCCAACUGCAGUAUCAACUAGAAUUUGUCUUCAAAAACAGAAGCCGAUGCAAGUCACCAAAUAUCACCACUAUUAACGAUUAUAGUGGAUACAAAAGUUCUAGCGGUGAAAAUGCUACACAAUAUUGUUUGGCAAAACCCUGGAUCUGGAUAUUUACUUCUGCAGGAGCAAUUAUUUUUGUAAUUAUAUUUUGUGUGUUACUUUAUUUAGUGUUAAUAUGUUUCACUCAUUGUAGCAAACCCAAUAAUCCAACAAAUGUUUGAAAAUGUAUGAAUGUACGGAUUCAAUAAAACAAUUAUUUACA